AUGACUGCCUUCAUGUACAUGUCCAUGUGGGAUGUUCCACGCUUACAAUCUCCUCAAACUCCACAGGGCAAGGUUGCGGAACUUCGACUCGAACUCAAUGGCGGCGGGAAGAAGGACAAGAACUUCUCCCAGAAGAAGAUCGCUCUGAAGAAGAUCGUCGCGAACCUGGCCUGGGCGAACAAUGAGAUGCUGGGCCUGUUUCCGGACAUCGUCGAGUGCAUGUCAAUACCGAGUUUGGAGGUCAAGAAGAUGUGUUUCGUCUAUCUCGUCACGUAUGCGAAACUUAAACCGGACAUCGCUCUGAAAGCGCUGCCGAUUCUCCUGAAUGACCUACAAGAUAGCAACCCCCUUAUGCGAGCAUUGGCCCUCCGAACGAUAUCAUACGUCCAUGUCCGAGAAUUCGUGGAGAAAACGGUGCCUCCUCUCAAAGGGCUCCUCAAAGAUGCGGAUCCAUAUGUCCGCAAAACAGCCGCGAUAUGUGUCGCCAAGCUGUACGACCACAAUCGACAUCUGGUGGAGACAACGGAUCUGAUCGAUCGUCUGAACGCCAUGCUGCGCGACGAGAACCCAACGGUUGUCUCGAAUGCGCUCGCAGCGUUGAUGGAUAUCUGGGGGCGGAGCGAGUCCAUAAAGCUCACGAUUGACUAUGCCAGCGCUUCGAAGAUCAUUCAAAUCCUACCGGACUGCUCAGAAUGGGGGCAAACAUACAUCCUGGAAGCCAUGAUGAAUUAUGUCCCCCAGGAUUCGUCUGAGGCGAGCCUACUGGCGGAACGGAUAGCACAGCGGCUGGCCCAUUCGAACUCCGCCGUCGUGCUAACCUGCAUACGAGUCAUACUCUACCUCAUGAACUACAUUGCUGAUCAAAAAGUGGUGGCAUCACUAUGCGUGAAGCUCUCGCCGCCGCUCGUCACUCUCCUUUCCAAAGGACCCGAAAUCCAAUACCUAGCGUUACGAAACGCCUUAUUAAUACUCCAGAGACGGCCGGAGAUCCUGCGAAACGAUAUCCGGGUCUUCUUCUGUAAAUAUAACGAUCCAAUUUACGUUAAAGUGACGAAGUUGGAAUUGAUUUUCAUGCUGGCCACGAAGGACAACAUCAAGGAAGUGUUGACGGAGUUGCGAGAAUAUGCCACAGAAAUUGAUGUCGACUUCGUUCGAAAAUCCGUCCGAGCCAUUGGGAAGUUGGCGAUCAAGAUCGAGUCGGCUGCCAAAGAAUGCAUCAACACGCUAUUGGACUUGGUUGCGACGAAGGUUUCCUACAUCGUGCAGGAAGCGACGGUGGUGAUCAGAAACAUCUUCCGCAAAUAUCCCGAUCAGUACGAAUCCAUCAUCGGCACGCUCUGCGAGAACCUCGACAGUCUCGAUGAGCCCGAAGCCAAAGCGGCCAUGAUCUGGAUCAUCGGGCAAUACGCCGACCGCAUCGACAACUCCGACACCCUCCUCGAGGACUUCCUCUUCACGUUCGCCGACGAGCCCCACGAAGUGCAACUCGCCCUCCUCACCGCGACCGUCAAGCUCUUCAUCCAACGCCCCACCAAAGGCCAAGACCUCGUCCCCAACGUCCUCCGCUGGGCCACUGAAGAAACCGACAAUCCCGACCUCCGCGACCGCGGCUACAUGUACUGGCGCCUCCUCAGCUCCGACCCCACCGCCGCCAAGCGCAUCAUCAUGGGCGAGAAACCCCCCAUCACUGCCGAGUCCGAGCGCCUCGACCCCGCCACCCUCGAGGAGAUGUGCCUCAACGUCGGCACCCUCGCCACCAUCUACCUCAAGCCCGUCCACACCGUCUUCCGUAGCGCGCGGCCCCGCCGCUUGCAGGAUAGCCCCGCCCUCCAGAAAGACCGCCUCCCGACCCACCAGGCGAUCGCGCGCCGGCAGCAGUUGGCGGUCGACACCGCGGGCGCGAUGGCGGCGAGUCCCGCGGCGACGUCCGCGUCCGCGUCACCGCAACCGCAAUCCAACGGCUCGCCGGCCGCGGAAGGCAACAUGUCGGCGGCGGUGGACGCGGCGGACCUGUAUUUCUCGGGACUGGGCAGCCAGCAGCUGGCGAGCAUGCGGGUCAGCGAGAAUGAGUUCGGGGGCAGUCCGGUGGGUCCAAAUGCGGGAGGGCAGAACAUGUACGUGGUGAAUCAGAAUCAGCCGCAGGGGGUAUAUCAGCCGGUGAAUGGUGGGGGGGAGAAUGGGGACUUGUUGAUGCUUUAGGGGGGUUGGUGGUUGGGGGUGGGGUUGGGGUAGACCUGUACAUAGAAUGAGCCGGUGGGUUGUGGAGGGAACCUAUUUGGGGAAGAUAAUGUUCACGCGGACGAGGCUUGUGUGAAGAUGUGGCUGGUUGAGAGACGGUGACUACAGGACGGGACAGCGACCUUUGGUCUGGUUUAUUGUGGGCCGUAAAUCCAGAAUGAAGCGUUUCUCUUGGACCGAACACAGGUACCGGAACAGUUAACAGAUCAAUACAACCACUAUCACGACGCAACGGAUGCAGAACUCGAGAGAUUGACGGGUUGACAUUUUCAGCGGUC